UACUGGCGUGUCGGUACAAUUCUCGAAAUUAAAAGAUGCGUAUGUGAUUUAUUAGUGCUGUCAAAUGUCAUUUGUCAAAGAUCAGAGCGUUGAAAAUUUUAAAAAUUCUUCCUUUCUAUAAGCAGUUCCAGAACUACUGCUUCAGUGAAAUCGGUGUUGCAUAUUUAGUAAGCUACUCUGACGACGAAGGAUGAUUUCUAACAGGAUAAAUAUUUGUAGUGCAGCACAGUCAUACAAGUAAAUUAGGUGUGUGCUGUGUAAAUGUGCUGUUCACGCGCUUAAAGCGGAUGAUGCCUGUUGUAUAGUGGUUGUGUGUAGUACGACAUGUUGCCAAAAGGUACAAAUUGUAAUUUUGAAGGUGUGCGCCUUUUUUAAACUUUUCAAAAACAACAACAACAAAAAAAAAAAUGCUUCAGCUUGUAUUCUUCGAUUUGUUCAAAUUGCCAUGAGUUGCAAGAGACCAGACAGACAUGGAAAAAGAAGUGCUAAAUGGCAGAAGCAGGCUGUUGACCAAACUAAAGGGACAAACGUAACGAUCUCUUCGCUCUUUAAAAAGCAAUUUCAGAAAAACUGCCGAGUCACGAUUAAAGAGCAACAAACAAAAUGCACUCAAGAAUACGAUAAUGAGGUAGAAUUUGUUAAGGAAGAAAUGCCCUCUCCAUACUUUAAUAAAAAGAAGAAACAGUUGUCUGCUGCUUUCAAUUCCAGUUCAGUGCCCUGUUCCAGCGCCGGUGAUGAAUGUGAUUUGGAUGAUGUGGCCAAGAGAAACCAAUGCCUUAUAAACUUUCUUUAAAGAAGAGAGAUGCAAGGAGUACAGCUACCCGUGGAAACAAUACUGAGACAUUUUUAAGUCCAAUUAAAUCAGGUAAGACUUGGACUGCUUCCAUGGCUCACAGUCUCACAGACCCCAUCGCUGAAGAAACAGCAGGAGUAAAUGCCAGCUGUGCAUCAGGCAGUGCUGAUACUUCCUGCACAUAUCUGACAGCAGAAAACCAAAGCUGCACAUCAUCCUCUCUUUUAAUGCCAUCUCAUUCAAGUUACAAUCAUAAUGAAAUCAAGGAUAAGUCUCCUGCCAACAGCUUUCAUCAAAACAGGACAAAGUCCCUCACAAAUGUUCCUCAAAACUCUAAUGAGCAUUCUAAUGAUUGUGUCUUGUAGACUUUUUAUGUAAUGUUGAUACAUUUGAGAUGCUGAGUAAUGAAAAGAACAGUGAGUCUAAACCAGCAAGAAAGUUAUCACUCAAACGUCAUUCACAAUGCGAAGUCACAGGUCCCAAUGGAAAGCGUAUUUGCAAAUUGUCAAAAAUGGUACAAGAGAGUGAUAAGCAUCAUGAAUUAGAAAGGAUUGUGGACUCAGAGAAGGGAAAUUCUGUUGAGGUCAGAACAGCUGAUGAAGCAGGUAAUGACUUUAGCCCUAAAGAAAGGAACAAUUUAGGAAUUCAGAAUUGUGUCAGGGUAGCCUCAGCUGAAAAACAGAAGAGGCAGUCUUCAGAGAAAGUAAAGAAAAAUCUCCAAAGCAUUUCAUUGAAGAGUGACAGAAGUGAUGAAGAUGACCAAUCUUUGCUUUUGGAUGCUGAUGAAGAAAGCAGAUCAUUGCAUCUUCCGUAUUAUUUGGAAAACUUUAAGAUUAUUUUACAAUCUGUUCUGACAGAUGAUGAAAAUAUACGAUUGUUUAAUGAGGAAGAUCUUCACGUUGUGUCAUCUUUUAACAAACUGUCAGAAGAAGCACAAAAAUUAUAUGUGCGCUUGUUUUCAAGAAAACUGGCUUGGUUGCCAGCAUCACGCAUCAGAUACCCAGAAAUUGCUGCGGAUUUGACUACCUGUUUUGCUGAGCUAGUCACAGCUGAACUUCUUGAUUCUGGUCAAGCCAUGACAAACCUGGAAUCAGUACUUAAAGUAAUGUCAGCUGCAGAAUUACGCAUUCUCUCUAAAACUUACCACUUAAAUCCAAGUAGUCGUCAGAAGGGACAGAUAAUGCAGGAUCUUCUGCAGAUGAGCCAAGCAAAUACAGUGGCCUCAAUGUUUGGGUGUAAAGGUCAAAGUGCUGUUUUGACUAUGAUUGCCAGAGCCAAGAAACUUCUAGGCUCUGUGUACCAUCUGCGGGAGAAACCUCGAGCUGUCUUUAUACGAGCACUGAUGCUGUUUUCAUUAGUCAGUACCUCUGGAGAUGAUGAAAGUGGAAAUGGAGGACAAAAUCAGCUAUUUCACAUGCUUCUUGUAAACAUGGGAAAACUUGUAUACCCACCGUAUACUAUCAACAGACAGACCAGCAUUUUCAAAGAAAGAGAGGAUCUCAUAAGGUUUGAGAAAGCUCUGCAGUUAGAGCAUGACCUCCUAAGGAGGACAACACAUAGUGAUUGGGCGGGAGCUUACACCAUUUAUCUCCAAGUCAAAGAACAUUAUCUUGCUCUGACAGCGGAUAUAUCCACUGUGAACUUUGACAGGAGUCUACCUGAGUUUUUGCGAUCCUUCACUGCAGGAUCUGUGCUAGUGCGACUCCUUAAUCAGGGAAUUGAGAUUUUACAGCGCCGAAAAGACUACACAGCUGCUGUCACACUAAUUCAAGAAUUACUAAGCCAGCAUAUCUAUAAUUCUCACAUGCGUGGCUACUGGUGGGACAGGCUUUCCCUUAACUUGGAUGUCCAUCUUAAGCAGCAAGAAGAGGCUUUGAAAGCAAUUCAGGAUGGCAUGGAUGACCCUUUAGUGCGCUCUGGGCACCGACUGGCGCUUUUUCUCCGUGCAGAAUCCAUCUGUAACAAACCUAACUCACCUUUUAAAAAGCGACUUGAAGAGUUCUACCAUGAACCCCUUGCUGAACUGCCAAAGAGUGUUGUGGAAGGGAAAGUCCUGCCACACACAGUUCCAGGCUUAAAAUACCAGUUUGUGACAAAUACGUCAUAUGGUGGUGGCCGUUCUGAAGAUAUUACCUUAUGCAAUGUUGAGCAGCUGGUGCUGGACCACUACAGGGUGAACGGUUUUCCAGAAGGCUUGCAUGCAGAGGGUGCAGUGGUAUCAUCUCUGUUCUGCUUUUAUUUUUGGGACAUCUUGUUUAUGGAUUUGCCUGAUGCCUUUCAUAGCCCUUAUCAGAUCACCCCAUUGGACCUCCAUACAGAUGCCUUCUACCAGCGACGCCAGUCAUUCAUAGAUGAGCGAUUAUUUCAGAUUCAAAACAGCACAACUCAGGAAUUGCACAACAUGUUGAUAAAGACGUGGGAGGAACAGCAGGGAGUUACAUGUGCUGAAAUGAAGUGGGAGAGGUUUACCAGUGUACAGCAGAUUCAGGGAUUAGUCACCUGCAUGGGAGGAAAAGUUUUGGCAGGUAUUUUAGGACGCUAUGCCCAGCAGCCCAGACACAUACGUGGUGGUUUCCCUGACUUGACUCUUUGGAAUACAGACACCCAACAGCUCAAGAUUUCAGAGGUGAAAGGUCCAGGAGAUAGGCUGUCACAUAAGCAAAUGCUGUGGCUGGAUUAUCUUGUGAAACUUGGGGUGGAUGCUGAAGUUUGCCAUGUGAAAGCUGUUUGUGCCAAGAGACUUAAACCUAAAUAGCUAUAACAGAGUGAAACAAAGUGAACACAAAUGUACCUCAGGAAUCCUCAGCCAACGAAUCAUUACAUCAAGUCUAUGGCAUAAUGCAUUUAUUAGAAUAUGUGCUGUUUGUGUGUGUGUGUGUGUGUUUAGUCCCAGGGGAAAAUAAAGAAUCAUUAAGAAUCAUAAUCAUGAAAAAAAAUCUUACUUAUGAUAGUCUAAAACAUCAAUGAGAAAGGUGGUAAAUUUUUGCAUGUGUAUCAGCCUGUCCAUAGAUGGCCAUGCACACUAAAAUUUUUCCAUAUUGCUGCAUUUUCAUUCUGAUUUAACUUGAACAGAUCUUUCCACUUAAAUUUUUGCUGUAUGAUGCUUUAUCCAAGACAAUUUAUAAUUAAAACUAUUAUUGCUUUGUGAUAUUUUGUUAACAAUUCAAGUAGAUGUAUAAACCAAUAAAUCUGUACUGUACCUCAAACAUUUUAGUGCUUUCUUGUUUGUAAAUGCAUACUUGUCUACCCAAACACAUUUCCAACAUUUCUUUUCAAAGGAAAUGUAAAUUUUUUUGUACUUUAAUCUGUUCAGAGGAACCAUCUUUCACGAUUAAAAUUGUCCUUAAAUUUUAAGCCAAUGUGUAUGUUAACACCAAAUACUUUAGGUUAGGAAAUGUGUGCAUAAAAUCAUUUAUUUUGAAUAAAUAACUUUAGUUUAAAAAAUAUGCAAAUUUUAAAUAUUGGAACCUGUAAAAUGAAGCUUAAUUGAUGAUCAAAUACAGAAACAUUCAUAGUGUAAAA